AUGGAAUUUGUUAGUUUAUUCCUACCCUCCGAUCAUAGUCCCUCGGAUCCGGUGGGGGCCGCGCUGCCGAUUUAUGUCAGAGCGCAGUUGGAAGAUGACAAGUGCAGCACGGUAGGCAUCGGGACCUUAUCCUUUGCUUCCUUCUUGAAUCGACGGCUGCCUUCACUGAAGGAGAUGCCUUCUUCGUACUUUGCGGCUUGUACAAGCUUGGAGAAAGGGGUCGACAUUCCCGUCUUCGAAAUCCUUAUGAAGCUCCCGUUAAUUACCAAGGAGACAAGUACAAUUACUGGCAUUCUUUGCGUUGGUGUAGCCAUCGAUGUUAUGAACCUUGACAUGACACAAAAUAUGAGGCAAGACCCGAGGCAGGACUCCGCGCUAGCCAACAUCAUGUCCGCUCCAAUUACUAAUGUAGAACCGCUGGCGGAGUAUUCGACUGCGCACUAUGGCGGGGCCCACGACGCAGACUUGAGCCGCUGCGUCACUAGCGACAACUAUUCAUUCGUAAAACACCAGUCAUACGCCACCAAGAACGCUGAAAAAGACAGCCAGCGCCAGCCAUUUGGCUCGUACACACGUGUGCGCCCCGACUCGAACCAAGAAACGCGGCUCCAUGGCAGGGAAAAAAGGGCCAAAAGUCAGGAACGGGCCCGGCCCCGUACUCAAAACCUCCCUAGGCCGCGAAGCCGCACCCGAGAUCGCAGUCAGGAACGUUUCCAGGACGGGAUAAGAGACAAUCAUCAUAACGACGACAAUUGGGCUCAGGCUGAGAAUAGGGCUGAGAGAUCUAUGGCUGAGAGAUCCAUGGCGGAGGGGAGAGACAUGGUCAAGGAGGGGAGAGACAUGGUCAAGGAGGGGAUUGUGGUUGAAGAGAGAGUAAAUGCUCAGGAUGAACUUGCCAUGUCCCGAGUAACUAGCGAUCAAAGAAAAGCUCCGAACAAUGAGCGUAAGGAGCCCGCGGACGAGCUUGUGGGAGGGCGGCGGCAUGAGCCUUGCCAGGCGAUGCGGGGGAUCGCAGAUAGUGAGUCGUCCGCGGCGAAUGGCAAGGUGCUUGCCGGACAGGAGUCGGUCAGCAAUGUCGGAGGGACGUCUCCCCAGGAGUCGGGCAUCAUUCAGGGUAACAAGGAUCACCUGCUUCAAUGUGAAGUGAUGCUCCUGAAGCUGAAUGCUGAGCAAGCACACCAGAAAUUCAGAGAAGAAAUGAAACUCAUUGAAACCAAAUCUGAAGAAAGACUUGAGACAAUUAGGAAAGAAAACCAGUGCGCCUUCACCCCUUACCUUUCACAUCUUACCUUUGCGCAGGAAGUUGCGGAAUGA